AUGACUGCGGCACACUGCUUAUACGACGACGUGGACAAGAUGUUGCUGCGGGCUGGCUCGUCAGAAAGGGAGAGUGGCGGAGUCGUCUUCAACGUAUCGACAGUCAUUUACCACGAGGAUUUCAACAGCAGCAACCUCGAUUACGACGUCGCUCUCUUGCAGCCUUCUGAACCGUUCCCGGUGGGACCGAACAUCCAGAUCGUCAACCUGCCUUCUAAAUUCGGAUACGAGGCCCCUGCAGGCCUCCCUGUCACUGUCGUCGGCUGGGGCUCGGACGGCGACGGCAACCGACCUGAACAGUUGCAGAAAGUGGACCUCUCCGUUGGCAAAACAUCGAUCUGCAAGGACAUAUUUGCCGAUUACAACCCAGUCACCGACAGUAUGAUGUGCGCAGGUGCCAUCAACAAGAGCCCCUGCAAUGGUGACUCCGGGAGUCCGUUAGUGUUCGGAAGCGUGCAGGUCGGCAUCGCGUCCUGGUGGGACGAGAACUGCGAGUACCCGCUGGCGGUGUACACCAGCGUAGGCUUCGUGCGUCUCUGGAUCAAAAAUCAUAUUAGAGACUAA